AUAAAAAAAAACAGUAUGUUUUACACGUGGCAUUGGAACAAACAAACCACAUUUUUAUACGUAUUGAAUUAGUGUAGUUAAUCACAUUUUGUAUUAUUGAGAAUUUAAUCAGAACCGGGAAUAUAAAUCGAACUGUGCUGGUAUCCAGGACUUUCCUAAUCAUUAUCAUUAUCAUCAUACAUAACCAAUGGCUGAAUUUCGUAAAUGUUUUGAAAACUUAGAUACUGAAAAACGUGGUGUAAUUACAAUUGAAGAUUUAAAAAAUUAUAUGUAUAAAAUGCAUUAUAAAGAAACAUUUUUACAUAAAUGGAUUGAAUUAUUUGAUCCUGAACAUACAGGAUUUAUUACUUAUGAACAAUAUUGUAAAACACUUGGUUUAAUACCACGUAAACGUACACUUAGUAAAAAUUUAACAGAUUCUACAUUAUUAUUAUCAUCAGCAUCAUCAUCAUUGUCUAUUUCAUCAAAACAAGAUAAUGUCAAUGAAGCAUUCAUUGGUAGUUUUGAUAAAAAUAUAAACGAGACUAAUAUUACUACAAUCAUUCAACAAUCUGAUUCAAAUGAACCAGAUCAAAAAAAUGAACCAACAAUUAUAACAACAGAACAACAUCCAACUAUUCAUAUAGAAAUUGAUCAAACAAUAAAAAAUACAUGUACUUUAAAACAAUCAAAAGUUGAAAUCAAUGAAACAGAACAACAACAACAACAACAGCGACAACAACAACAACAGCAACAACAACAACAACAACAGCGACAACAACAAAAUGAGUAUCCAAAUCAAUCAAAUAAUCCCAUUCAUCAAAAAAUCAAUAAUGAUAGUAUCAAUUUACCAAUGAUAAAUAAUCAAAACAUCAUUAUAGUAAAUGAUGAAUCUAUCGAUGAGAAUAUGCUAAGCGUUCAGGAAAAUAUGAUUUCAUCUAUUAAUAAUGAUAUACUACUUAAAAAUACUGAACAAAUGAUAACUAAUCUAAUUGUUACUAAUCAAAAUGAAAAUAAUUUCAUUGAAUCAAUAAAACAAAUCGAUAAUGAAAUGAAAUCAUCAAUUAUAGAUCCAAUAAAAUUAAUAAAUUCAGAUAAGAAAUCAAUUAAAAAAUCUAAAAAAAAACAAAAACAUGUAUUAUCAUUAGAGAAAAAUACAUUUGAUAUCACUAUGGAUACUAAUCUAUUAUUACCUAUAGAAAAUACUACAUUAGAUCAUGAACAUAAUGAAUUCAUAAGUAGUAUCAUUACAUCGGAUAUAAAUAAUUCUGGCAUAAAUAUUACUGAUGUAGCAUCUACUAUUACUACUACUACAAGUAGUAUUCAAAAUGAAAUCUCAUCAUUACAAUUCAAUAUCAAUGAUAAUCUAUCAACUAUAAACAAUGUAAUUGAAAUAGAUCCACAAUACAAUAAGAAAUAUAUUGAAAACUCUAUGAAACAUUUAAAGAAAGAUCAAAAAUCAAUAAAUAAAGAAAUAGAACUAAAAGAACAAUAUGAAGAAAAUAUUCAACCCUUAAAUUCUUCAUUUAUAUCUGAAUCAACAAAUAAUGAAUCUAAUGACAUAACAUUAUCUUCUAUAGAGAUAUCGAUUCAUAAAGAAGAUUCUGUUAGGUUAAAUGUUUUACAAAAUAAUAAACCAAUGUCUAUAUCUACUCAUUUAUUGACUGAAUCAAAUCAAUUCACUAAAUGUUGUUCAUCCAAUGAAACUAAUCAAGAAACUGAUUCAGAAUUGAAUCAUGAAAUUAUACAGAACAAUGAAAUUUCUAAACAAACAAUAGAAAAAUCAAAUCAAAAGAAACAAAUUAUAGACAACUCAUUAGAACAAACUAUUGAUCAGAAAAUAUCAAUAAAUGAUCCUGUACAUUCUGAAUCAAUAAAUUUGAUCAAUCAACAAUCAAGUCAAUUUAUUACUGAUAGUUUAUCAAUAUCAGAAUUAUUAAUUAUUCCUCAAGAGAUUCAAUCGAUAUCAAAAACACCUCAAGGAAUUUAUGAAGAAGCUGACAUUGAUAAUCAUAAUAACAAUGUUGAACUAUUAUCACCACCAGAAUUAAUUAGUGAUGAGAAAAAUUUUAAGAAAGGAUCAAAAAAAUCUAGAAAAAAACAUGAAAAGAAACAUUCUGAUAUUGAUAAUACUAUAGAACAAGACUCAUGUAUCAUUGUUCAUGAGGAGGAGAAGAUGAUGAAGAAGAAGAAGAAGGACAAGACGGAGAAGAAGAAUGCAACAGACUCAAAAAAUGAUCAUUUACACGAGGUAAACAUGCAUGACAUAGAGAUGACAUCAGAAUCUAUAAAUAAAGAAUAUAUAAAUCCAUCUAUGAUGUCAUUUUCCGAUUCAACAUUCCUUGAAUUAAACAAUACUAAUUCUCAAUUAGAAUGUUGUAUAGAACAAACAUCUAAUAAACAACCUACAAUUAUUCUAGAAACUAACAAUUUAUCUAAACAAGUUUUGAAUGAAUCACAAAUGAUUGAAUCAAAUGAUAAUACAGUUCAUACUGAAAUAACUCAUAUAAGUAGUACAAUUCUAGUAGAUAAUCAUGAUGACACUUCAGAAUACAUUGAAAAAGUACAAUUCAAUAAUAAUAAUAAUAAUAAUAAUAAUAAUAAUAAUAAUAAUAAUAAUAAUAAUAAUAAUGAUAAUGACACAUUAAUAGAACAAUCAUCUCUAAGAAAAGGAGAUAUAAACGUAAUGACUACAGAGUUGACAUUAUGUGAUUCAGACUUAAGCAUUAAACAUCAAGAUACUAAUAAAAACUCAUUAAAACAAUCAAAAAAGAAACAAAACAAAACAAACCAGUCAAUUGAAAAGAAUAUAAAAGCUGUUGAAACUCAUAAAAAUACUAUUCAUACUUCUAUUCCUCAAAGUAUAGCAACAACGAUUGAUAUAAAUCGAACUGUUGACUCUCCUCUAUCCACUGAUAUAAAAAUAAAAGAACCAACACAACAACUAACACUGUCACUGAAUUCCAGUGAUUUAGUUAGUCAACCUACGGAUGGAUUCAGUAAAAAAUCAUCAAGAAAUAAAAAAACUAAGAAAGUUAAAAUACAGUCUAAUGUUUCAGAUGUUAAUUAUUUUUCAAAGUCUACGUCUACCAUAUUACCGAAUUCUUUGAUACCGUUUAAUGAAGUACAUACUACUGAAUAUAGUAAUAGUAGUUAUAGUAGUGGUAGAAACACUAAAAAUAAUUUCACAUCAAUAUCAAUUCCAUUUUGUAAAACAAUUUGUAAAGUUUCUCAUGAAGAAUUACAUAAUUCUCUAAGUCAUAGAAAUACAUCAAACUUGAAAGCAAAGAAUAAAAAACUUCAUUUGAAACAUAACAAAUUAAAGAGUAGUAAAACAAACGUUCUUAAUCAACUAGAUAAUACAUUCAAUAAUAAAUCUGUAAUUAAUGAAAUAAAAAUGGGACAAUCAUCACAAACAGUUACUGAAGAAGAAGAAACACAAGAAAACACUAGGAAACGACGUUUUCCUAAGUCUUUCAUAACGCAAGUUGAUCCAAAAUAUAUUCGUUCUGCUCGUUUAGCUGCUAAACGAAGAAAAACGGAUUCAACUAAUCAACCAAAAGAAACAUCAUCAUCAUCGUCUACAGAUAAAAGAAAAACAUCAAUGAAACAGAAAUCCAAGAAAAUAUUAAAAAAAUGGCGUCUACGACCAAGUUUAAGAGAAAAUGGUGUUAUUGUUAUAUUAUUAGCUGGACGACAUCGUGGUAAACGUGUAGUUAGUUUAGGUAGACAAAAAUCAACAGGUCUAUUACUUGUCACUGGACCAUAUUGUUAUAAUGGUUGUCCAUUACGUCGUGUUCAUCCAGAUUAUGUGAUUGCUACUAAAACAAAAAUUGAUUUAAGUAGUUUAUCACUUCCUGAAAGAAUUCAUGCAAAAAAAUAUUUCACUAGAACUACUAAAUGUAAAAGUUUCAAAACAAAAUUUAAUCAUAAUCAAUUUGAUGAGAUUCUUGAACAUGGUAUUAAUACUAAAAGAUCAACUUAUAAACCAAAUGAUGAAAAGAAAACUGAUCAAAUCUAUAUAGAUAAUGAAGUGAGAAAAGCGAUCAAAUCUCAUACCGAUUCAAAGUUAUUAAUUGGUUAUUUAAAAUCAUUAUUCACAAUUGGAAAACAUGAUAAACCACAUGAAAUGUUGUUCUAGUUAAAUGUAAACAUAUUCAGUCAAUCAUAUACAUACACACACACACACAUUCAGAUAAACAAUGAUACACAUAGAAACAAACAAACUACACAAAUUGACCUUCCGAAAGUAUACUAACUCUUCUUUACUAUACUACUACUACUACUACUAAGAACUAUAGAUACAAACUCAUUAUAAAUGAAGCAUUUCAACAUGCAACGUAAAUGUAAUUCACCUCUUUUAUUUGCCACUUUUUCGGAUGUGCUUCUUCUUGAAUCUUUUCUUUUCUCUGAACAAAAUAAUGAUUAACUGUUCAAUGUCCAUAUUCUUAGGUUGUUUUUGUCUUGUUACCAUUUUGAUGUUAUUUUCUUGUUGUAAACUUGUGUCUUUUUGUUUUGUUUGUUUUUUGUCUUCCUUUAUUUGUGUCUAUUUUUCAAAUGUAUUCAGUUCACGUUUUUUUUGUUUCUAAACCAAAAUAAAUCUUAUUUCUGGAUUGAAA